AUCUGUACUGUUCAUCGAUCUUUUUUCUGAAAUUGUGAAAGGAUGAAGAUGGCUAUGGAGUAUGAUGAUCCUGAAUCUGUCAUUGCCUUCCUCUGAAAAUAAAAAACAAUAUAGAAAUAAAAAAAGGGGUUAAAGGAAGUAGUGCAUCAAUUAAUUAAACAUUACACCUCUCGAAUGGGUACACCACUACUACUACUACUACUAGAAAUAAAAAUUGAAGUCGAGCGCUCUUAUGCUGUAACACUGCCGAAAAUGGUGUUGUCGUCUUGUUGCCUUUCUGAUCUCGUUUCCUUGCUUUCUGAUCCUAUUUUUAGUAUCUAAAGUUUUGGUAAAUGUCAUCGAAAAACCAUCCCAGUUGCCAUAUCUGAAAAAUGGAAAUGCACCAGCAGAAGAUUUGCGCAGCUGUGCAGUCAGGUAUAACAAAGACAACACUGGACGCACUCAGCGCGUGCCUAGCUUCCUACUUAUCUUUUUUCGUGUGUUCACCCUUACAUGAUUUAUUUCGUUUCGAUGCAUAAGAAUGGAGAUUGCGUCAAAGGCUGACUGAGUUGGAGAGGGAGUGGAGCUAUAUGAGUUAUGAAGAAGAGAUACCGAAAACAAGAAAGGAAAAAUCAGCAGUCUAAAGUUUCGUAGUGGAUUCUUGAUUUCGUAGUGGAUUUGAUCUUCAUGACCAACUACGACCAACU